UUAGCCCUUCAAUAGAACCGCAGAUGGAUUCCUCCCGCAAACGUCAGUGACUGCAAACGGCAUCAAAUACCAGGGUGGUCUGAACAAGCAAAUUGAACCUCGAAGAAGCAGCGACCAGGGCAACACCACAUCAAACCUGCAUGGUCUCUCAGCAUAGGCUUGGCCUUCUUACAGGUGGCCGCAGCGACUAUCCGCGACGGGCAGUCGAAUCGACCUGACCUGUCAGCAUUCUUCCAUAGACGAGAUAAUAUAUUGCCUCUGCCCUCGCAUUCUUCCCUUUGCAGUAGUUGUCGUGCGUCUGACGUCGACCCUCGCCCAACUCGGAGCAGGAUACGGACGAUGAUGCUCCCUGGACUUCGAAUUUAAGCUGCUGGAUUCCUCCUGGGUGACGGACUCGUGCUGGUCGCACGAUCGUGUUUCACAAUGACUGCGAAAUCACUCACCACAGUUGCGACGCUCUUCGCAGACCCGAGCAAUACCACGGCUCCUCUGAAUGAGAGCUCAGUUUUUUCUCUCAAACUUGAGAGCACCAUUCAGACGCUGUCCGAGCAAAAUGCCCCGGACAAGGGCCCGAUCCAGGGAUUACUCUUCGUCCCCCGUCUCGAUGAGCAGAACCGGUGCAACAAUGCCACCGCUCCGUUCAUACCGGCCAAUGUCACCCGCCUUCAGGGCGUCACUCAGUUCGGAAGCCGUAUGAUCGGGCUAGCGCCUUGGGUGAACGACGAAUGUACUCAGGCGUUUCUAAAUGCCUCGCAGGAUCCCACGCCGGACGCGCUGGUCUUCUUCCUGCCGUCCAACGAUGACACCAAACCGCCGUCGGCAAAUGACCCAGUGUGGCUGCUGGGGGGCAGUGCUGCGUGGCAAUCGCGGAGCGAGUUUCCGGUGUACGCAAUUCCCGGCGCGGCGGGUGUGACCCUGAUGGACCAGCUGUCACGAGAUGGGACGACGAACCAGACUGCAUUAGCGCAGAUGCAGUCAGGGGUUUCCCAACUGAUGGCGGUCAUUGAUAUAGACAGCGGCGGCAGUAAGAUGCCCAGUAUCUGGGGGUUCAUCCUCGCCAUUCUCGGGACGAUCCUUGUCCUCACCAUCAUCCUCCUCCUGUUCUACCAGCUUGUGCACAAGCGACACCAACGGGAGCUCCAGCGCCGCCUCGAGGCCGGGGAAGCGGAUCUGGAACAGCUGGCACAGCAUCAUGUCAAGGUUCCGCCGGAGUUCUUGGAGACCAUGCCAAUCUAUCUCUUUUCGGGCCCAAAUGCUAGCGACAGUGGCUCUCAGAAUGAAAUCGCACCAUUCAGGGAGCCGUUGGCGGACAUUAUUGAAGAGGGCGAGGUAGAGGACGCAGCGAGUCAGCCGCCCGCGUUUGCAAACCAGGUGGCAGACGAUGAGCCAGAAAAAGCAACGGAUGACGAGUCCGCCAGACGACCAUCACAAUCCGACCCGGAAGCCGCCUAUGCGCGGCACCAGAACCGACUCAGUCGGCUACAGACCACGUGCGCGAUCUGCCUCGAUGACUUUGUGCCGAUGUCGUCGAGGGUGCGCGAGCUCCCGUGCGGGCACAUCUUCCACCCGCCGUGCAUCGACACGUCGCUGAUGCAGAGCAGCAGUCUCUGCCCACUGUGCAAGAAGAGCGUGCUGCCAGGGGGUUGGCUGGCGUAUUCGGGAAUCGACACCACGAUGCACAACGACCCCUACUUACAAACCGCCCACGCCUGAUGAUGACCGAUGACCCUGUGACAAGACGAUAGACUGUAGAGUGAUACCCGACAGACAUAGAUACGAAUACAUAAUGAGAGUGUAUACAGCCAUUCCGACAUGAUAUGAAUA